AUGGGAGGAAAAGCGCUUCAAUGGAUGGGUUUAUUGUUGCAGCAUAAUAGUUUUUUAUUUAUAAUAUUUCUGACUAUAACACUGAUAAAAGCAGUAACAACACUGACAACCACAACCGGUAGCACAAAUGGAUUGGAUUUACAUCUGACUACAUCCGAUGAAGGAUACAUGACUGUUAUUCAUGGAUUUGCCGCACAACUUGAAUGUACGCUAAGUACCUGUGUUCGACAUUCCACAUCGGUUGUAUGGUACAAAGACAAUGCACCAAUAUUCAAUUCCACAAAAUUCCUCGACACUCCGGGGAUCGAUCCAAAGUCAAUGUUUUUGCAGCAUAAAAUUGAAAUCGACAAAGAAAAAGGUUCUAUCGGUUUUAAUCCUGCUAAAUAUUUCGUUAUUUUUAGCCCAGCUGAAUGCAAAGGAAGCUGCACAGAUUCCAUUAACUGUGAAGAUGGCUAUCAUUGUGUUGACAACAAAUGCUGUGCCUGUGCUUCUGAAGAAUUUACUCUGGUGCUGAGGAAUUUGACUUUUGAAGAUGCUGGACGGUAUCGUUGUCAAAUCAAUAAUCAGUCACAGCAGCUGGAGUUUCAACUGGAAGUUUUGGAAAGUGGUUUGAAAGGUGGUUUUCAUGAAAACAUCAGUUACGAUUACAGUGAAUGUUGUGCAGAGAAAGGGAUUUCACCGCUAUGUCAAGCAAUGUGUAAACCUCGUGAUAUGAACAUUCAUCAUUUUGACCCCACAAGUUGCAAAACCGAUGACUACAAGAAUUUUUUGUCUUGUGCAACUGAAGGUGGAAAUCGUAGUCAUGUUCAUUGUUGUCGAACGCAAUUGGUUCCAUCGUUUUGCUAUGACUUCUGCUCAGGGAAUUUCCAGAUGUUAAGAAAAUCGCAUCGUCUUUGCUUAUACUAUCUACCAGAAAUAUUUGAAUGCUAUAAUCGUGCUUACUUACCGUAUCCUGACCCUCCGGAAGAUCUUAUUGUUAACGCUGUUGGCUCGGAUGAAUUACGAGUUUGUUGGCACCCACCACCAAAGCAAACAUCUAACAAACAUCUGGAAAUUGAAUACUACAGUGUUUAUUACAAGCAGAUACCAUCAUUUCCAUUCCUUGGCGGAGAAGAAGGAUUGCCUUUACUGACAACAGAUUAUGAAGAAAGUGUUCCUAGCGAAGUGAAUGACGAUGAGACUGUUCGAAGCAUGUCAUCAAAAACAGAUUUUGUACCAGAUAGAAAGAAACGGGAUUCUUGGGUAGUUGUAACUCAUGACGCGUUUUCUAACGAUUCUGUUGUUCGUGAAUUCAAAUUUGAAGUGGUUAACACUACUGAUACCUGCGUCACAUUAACUGAUUUACGAGCAGCAACUCGUUAUAUUGUUUAUGCAACAGCUACAAACAGUUAUGGAACAUCAGUUCCAUCUUCUCGAGCAUUAGCUUCUACAAAUGCUGUAGUGACUCCGUCUAACGCAUCGUUACCACAAAUUGAACAAUGUUGUUCUACAAACGGAGUAUCGCCUUAUUGUGCGUCUAAACUGUGUAAUGUAAGGAAUGUGCCAAACGCAUUGGAAACUAUCGCAAUAUCUACCUCAUGUCAAGCGGAAUGGGCAAAGGUAAGCCCAUGUCUAGCUGACGGCAGAAACCAUACAGAUUGCUGUGUUCGCAAAGGUGUUCAACAUGACUGUCUAAAGAUUUGUGGUGGCCUACCUCAACCGUUGCCUUUAAAAUCAUUGCUGUGCCUGAACCUUGAUCUUGUUGCCAUAUACCAGUGCCUCCGUAUCGGAUAUGAGAGUCAUCCUUCGCCACCAGAAAAUGUGACAGUUACCAAAAUUAGCGAAAAUUCUGUUGAGGUUGAAUGGGAAGAACCGGCAGUUAAUGCGCAUACUGUACAAUCCUAUUCUCUAUUUAUCCGAAAAGACGAGCACAGUGCACCAGUUAAAGAAGUUCAUAAUGUCACUUCUCCGCAUAUCGAAUAUGGCCUUGAUCCUGACACUGAAUACACAGUUUUUGUUCAAAGUCACGGCUCAAGGGGCGACAGUCUUAUGUCGACAGCACAAGUAUUUUUUACGCGAUCUCUCGAUACAACAACCUGUGCACAUGGCCAACCACUGUACCACCCCAAUGGCCACAGGUACUACUGCGGUCUUGGAAUAAGAGAAUGCCCACCAGCUUAUGAAUGUGUCGUCGUUGGGCAAACCGAAACAGAUACAUUUUGCUGUCCAAAACCAAGUGAGCAUGGGUCUUUCCGGAACUGUUGCCUAGAACGUGGUGUUUCUCAUGAGUGUUCAGCACAGUGUACCUUCAAUACAUCAUUAACUGUUCAGUGUAUGGAAUCUGCAGAUGUCUGGAUUCAGUGUGCGUCAGAUGGACAUGAUCAUAGUAAAUGCUGUUUUGAAUCAGGUAUUCCUGAGAACUGCAUGAGUGCUUGUAGACAUCCGUUUACCCUGCCAAAAGAAUGUCUUCCCCAUGCUGCAACAUUGUUGAAAUGUUUUGCUGCUUUACAUUCGAACUUUCCACCGAUGAUCAGUAAUCUUGAGGUGGUUUCGCGAAACAAAACGUCUGUUUUGUUGUCUUGGGACGUUAAUGAAGGCAAAGUUGAUCAAUACGAAGUACAGUUGUUCAUGGCAGAUUCUCUGUUAAAAAAGGUGAAUACAUCGUUGAAUUCGAUACAUUUUGAUGAUUUACUUCCUGGAAAAAAUUUCUCUGUAAGAGUAAUAUCGUUUAAUAAAUAUGGUUCCAGUCCUCCAUCACUAAAUGUCACAUUUGAAACACUUCGUGAAGAUGUUUCUGAUAAAAAACCUCGGGCGCCAUCAAAACUGCGUACUGCAUACAAUCAUGGCACAAAAGUGAAUGUUACAUGGGACUGGGAACCUGUAAGAGUUAAUGGAGAUCAAAUAAGCGAAGAACCAGUGUUUACUUUGUACUAUAAAGCAACCAAUAAUCAGUCUACGUGGACUAAAAUUAAAACUAAGGAGAAGUGGUAUGUUAUGGAGAAUCUGACGUUAGAUACACUGUAUGAGGUGAACGUUUACGCAACUGUACAGGAAGAAAACAGUGCUAGUUCGACGCAUAUUUCUAUAUUUGCUGCUCCAGAUGACGCUGCCCUUCCGGAACCUAAAAUUACGCUUGAUCCUGAAUAUGCCAACUUUACUUAUGACCAGAAUCAAUUGGUCAAUGUUAGAUGCGAAGUUGACAGCCCCAAGCGUCUUGACGUGAUUCUUACGAUAGGAAAUAAAAGCGUGGUUGCUAAAACUGGAGAGUCAUCUGUGCAAACUUCUGUGAAGAUUAACAGUAGAACAAACUUAUUCACUUGUACGGUACAGGAUGCAGAAGGAAGGCAGAAUCGUGUCAAUGCUCACGUUUUUGUUCGAUUUGGCCCGGAAGUUUUUGCGGUAGAUGAUCAUGUGAAUGCGUACGACGACAUGUCGGCCGAAUUGCGAUGCAUUGUUAAAGCUUAUCCUGAACCCGAAGUUAAAUGGACGUACCAAAAGAAUUCAAAUGCUAGUCCAAAAAAACUCAGAGACGUUUUACUAUCAACAGUUUUAGCAACAAAUAAAUAUGAAUAUUCUCUCAAAAUAACAAAUGCUACUGGUCGGGAUGGUUUGUAUUCAUGUGUAGCUACUAGUGCAAAUUCAGAUAAGGAGGUCUCCAAAACGAUUGUUCUAAAUGUUGCUGCUCCAGCCCUUCCGCUUACUCCACGAUUUACUCUACAGUGUUGUGCUGACGCAAAAGUACCAGAGAAAUGUAUGAAAGUGUGUUCCGUUGAUCCGGAAACCUCUGAAGACUGUUCAGACUAUGCUUCAGAACUUCUGGGUUGCGCUAUCGAUAACAGAGAUCAUCGGGACUGCUGUUUCCGGGAACGUAUUCCGCCACAAUGUCUAGAUAUGUGUAACGGUGAUAAGUCACCAUUGGAGAAAGCACGACAUUUGUGUGCACCAUUUGCGGCUAAAGCAGUUGCUUGUAUGAUUCGUGGCCAUCAAAAAGCUCCAGCUGCACCUGGUCCAAUUUAUUACGAGAACCUUUCGAAGAAUUCUGUCAAGGUACAUUGGACAGAUCCAGAUACUGAAUCCUAUAAGGUGUACGCUGUAUACUAUAGGCCGGAAAACAGCGACAGUAAUUAUACUGUAGUGAAAACAAAAGAUAACGAAAUUAUUAUUGAUGGACUUGAUCCAGACACCAAUUACAAUCUAGCACUUGUUUCAGCUAAUGCGCUUGGGCAUUCUCCGUUUGUGGAAGCAAAAAUUUUGAAUAAUGCUGAUGGUAGUUCUUCGGGUGGUAGAGUUGGUGCGGUAAUUUCGUCUAUUCUUGUUCUCUUGUUGGCAAUAGCUUUGGUGGCUGGAGUAGUCUACUCAACAAGAAGUAAUGCAGUGUCGAAAUUUAUGCGUAGGUUCCAUAAAAAUGAACCUUUGUCGGAUCGGGAUCCUACUGUAGCGUUUGAAAACCCGGGUUAUGGUAACGAGGUGCAAAUUCGCGGUUUGGGGACUGCGGAACACGCAGGAGCCUAUGAUUCUGAAUGGCAAACGGCGGAGUUGGAAGGAGUUGGAAAUACGGGUCCAGAAAAUAAUAGUAUGAAAUAUGCUAAAUUAGCUUCUUAA